UUAAACUAUUCAACUAUUCCACUGAUCAAUACCUAGUUAAUUAGUUAACUAAUCUUUCCUCAAGCUCUCCAUUAUUUAAUACAAUAAUACCAAUCUCAACACGAUCCUGGUCUACCUCCCAGGAUGGAUCCAACUACUUCCCAAGAACCAGAGAAAUCCACUGAAGCGCCUAACCCACGACCUUCCUCUACUUCUACACAGCCAACCAAAGUCCAGCAACCGAAGCCUCAAGCACUACCCAACAGAAAUGCCCCUUCUGCAGUCCUCGUCUCGACCAGACAGAGGGGAAACCCGAUCUUAAACCAUAUCAAACUCGUCCCGUGGGAAUACGCCGAUAUCCCAGCUGACUACGUAGUUGGCAGCACUACAUGUGCGCUGUUCCUGUCUUUAAAGUACCAUCGUCUACAUCCAGAAUACAUUUAUUCGCGAAUCAGACUGCUGGCAGGUAAAUAUAACCUGCGUAUCCUCCUUGUGAUGGUGGAUAUACCGAAUCACGAAGACAGUCUGAAGGAACUGUCAAAGACGUCGAUUAUCAAUAAUCUGACUUUGAUUCUAUGCUGGUCUGCGCCGGAAGCUGCUCAUUAUUUGGAAUUGUUUAAGUCUUCGGAAAAUGCGCAGCCUACUGCGAUUCGCUCUCAGCAGGCGCAGUCUUAUCAGGAGAGUUUGAUUGAAUUUGUGACCGUGCCAAGGAGCAUCAACAAGUCGGACGCGGCGAGCUUGAUCUCGAACUUUGGCAGUCUGCAGGCUGCUGUCAACGCACAGCCAGAGCAGAUCAGCAUGGUACCGGGCUGGGGAGAGAAAAAGGUACGACAGUGGUGCGGUGCCGUGAGAGAAGGCUUUCGUGUGGAAAAGGCGAAGAGACAGACCGCGCCUGUUAGGAAUCCUCCGCCUGUGACUAGUGCGGCAGCCCGUCCCCCCGAGAGACAGGAGGAGCAGGGUGAAGAGGAGGCCAUGCUCCUUGCUGCUCAGGAGGCUAGCAUUAGAGAAGCGGAACGCAGAGACAUAGAGAGCUCAGAGGUGCCAAAUUCUCAGCGUCAGGAGGAGGAAGGGGUGAGUGAAGGUAUCGCGGCAGCUCUGGCGAAGCUUCGAGAGAAAGACGGAUCAUGACUUCCCAUAAAGAACAGCAAAAUGAUAUGAUCCUACGCUGCUAUGAGCCUUGGCACUGAUGCCGUUGAGAAAUUGACUAGAUACUGUGCACGUCCUCAC